UUUCACGCCCUCCUCCACUGCAAUGGUUUCGGCCACCUCAUCUUCCUUAACGGCCGUGAGGGCGGCUCCAAGUUCAUCUCCGGCAGUCGCAUUAUGGACCUCUUCGAUCGCCUAUGCACCGCCCUCCGAAUCCGGGCUGUGUCGUUGGAGGACGUGUCGCGGAAGGGAUCCAUCGACCUUCGCCUCCUGCUCAGCUUGUCCCAUGGUGCGCCUUGGUUCGCUCGCUGGGGCUAUCGAUUCUUGCGGGGAAGUUAUGGCGUCACACAGGAGGCCUACGACCGCGCCAUUCGCUUUCUCGCGUCCCUCGACCUCGAUGACCUCAUCAAGAACGUCGCCGACGGCGCUCAAAAUCGAGAGCUUCGACGCAUCGUUUUCGCCUACCGGAAUAUGUGCCUGCCUGAUCGCCACACUCCGCCGCUUGUCACCGUCCGCGACCUCCUCCGCUUCCUCCUCGAUCUGAAGCGCCGGCCGCCUCAACAGACACCGCCAGCCCUCAAAACGCUGCCCCCACCACUCCCGCUCCCUCCCACGCCCUCGCCCCUGCUCCUGCCCGCCUCCUCAUCGAGGAGGUCGACCAAAAAGACUGGAAGGAAGGGGUGCCGCGACUUCGCGAGGGUCGCGGCGGAGCUGCAGAGCAGGUGGCCCGUUCGGCGUCUCCAUACUUCUGCUCAGGUGGUGGUGGAUGCUCUCAAGAAGCACGGGAGGAGAAUGACGCGGCAAGAGGUCCGGGAAGCCGCGCGGUUAACCAUCGGCGACACUGGUCUCCUCGACUUCGUUUUGAAGUCCCUCGGCGAUUGCAUCGUUGGCGGCCACAUUGUGCGCCGCGUUUCCAAUCCGGCCACAAGGGUUCUCGAGUUCAGUUUGGAGGAGAUGCCAUCUACAGUUGUGGCAACGGAGCCGGAGCCAGAGCCGGAGCCUGGGCCGGAGCAGGAGCAGGAGCAGGAAGUAGUUGAAGUGGCAAGGCCUACAUGGCACAGUGCCCGGCAGGUGGAAAGGGACCUUGCGGCAUUGUGCCGGGGGCUGUUGGCUGCGCAGCCAGAGGCGGGCGGGAUAGUGAUGCACGCCAAGCACUGGGUGAAGGAGUGGGAACUGCAGGACGACGUAGACGACCGGCUUCGGUUUUUGGUGAUGUGGAUGCCGAACCCGGAGGAGCUGCAGGAGCUUACACGGCUGCUGGCGCCGCCGGAAGUGGUGGUAAUGGAGGCGACGGCGUCGGUGGGGGAGCUUAUGGAGGAGGCGGAGACGGCGCUAAGGGACACGUACUGCGCUCUGGAGGGGUUCACGGCGGAGGAAAUGAAGGGGGUGGAGGGGGAGCCGUGGGAAGCGGUGCUCUUGGGCGGCGCGGAGUCCGGGUCGAAGAUCUGGGUGCGCGGGGAGGGGGCCGACAUGAACUGCGAUCUCAUGUACGAGGGUGGCCCCGACACGUGGUCGGUUGGCUGCGCCUGCGGGGCGCGCGACGACGACGGCGAGCGCAUGGUGGCCUGCGACGCCUGCGAUGUGUGGCACCACACGCGCUGCGCAGGCAUCCCGGACGGGCAGCCGGUGCCGCCCAUCUUCUACUGCGCCAGGUGCCGAAGGUCAGCGGUGGCGGCCGGGGACAUGAUGGAGUAAGAAAGCUCCGGGCUGCCGCGACGGUAUCUUCCCGCUGCCAGGGAGAAGACGGAUCAAGAAAUCACCGCGGAUGGGUCCAAAGACACGGCUCUUCUGCCUUUUUGAGCUGGAAGCCAUGGCUCUGUUCUGCUUCUAGCAAGUGUCGAUUGUUGCUAUUCAUUCAUUUGUUCAUUUUCUUAGCUGCUGAAAGCAUGUCGGAACCGGCGGCACAUUGGAGCAUUCCAUGAGCCAUUGUAAGAGUGAAAACAAAACAAAAGAUAUAUGAGAUUGCAUUGUUCUUGGUGUAAAUGAAUUCGUCAUGGAUUCUGUAAUACCAUUUUGGAUGAAGAGCAAGGUUUCAGCCUUUGGGGCUGAUUGACUUGAUGAAUUAGGAUCAAUGCAAGUUCAUG